UCUGUGGCUGUAAAGGCUGAGCGGUUAAGAUAGACACACAGCGUCGAGAGACGAGCAGCAGGGCGCCCGAGGAGUGUGGGGUUAAAGAGAUCGAAGCAACAUCGGCUGCGGAUCCUAAUCACCGAUAACAUUCUGUUGUUGUUUCGUUGAUUGAACUUUGACUCUCAUUACUGUUUCGCCAAAGGGAUUAUAUAGGGCGACUUGUGAUUUUUUACUUCGCGGACAAAGGGAGGACACUUCUAACACCGUCAGAUUCUUGUUAUUUGGUUUCCAACCGGUUCGCAUACUGUUUUGAGUACAAAACAUGUAGCCCUCUGUUUACGCCUGGGUUAGGUUCCAGAAGGAAUGAUUGUAAAUCGAAACUGUUGUAAAUUGAAACCCAGUUUAUAAUCAUUAAGAAAUGGCUCAGGAGACUAAUCAGACUCCAGGACCUAUGCUGUGCAGUACAGGAUGUGGCUUUUAUGGCAACCCUAGAACCAGUGGCAUGUGCUCAGUGUGCUACAAAGAGCAUCUUCAGCGGCAAAACAGUGGCAGAAUCAGCCCAAUGGGCACAACUAGUGGUUCAAAUAGUCCUUCAGCUGAAUCUGCAUCUGUACAGAGAGUAGAAACUGCUUUGAACAUCUGUGACGCUGCUAGCUGCCCAUCAGACAAAUCAAGGAGUUUACCUGUUACCCAGCAGAUGACAGAAAUGAGCAUUUCAAGAGAAGACCAUAUAACCUCUCCAAAACUAGAAACUACAGAACCUGUUGUGACCCAGCCAAGUCCAUCUGUAUCUCAGCCUAGUACUUCUCAGAAUGAGGAAAAGGCCCCAGAAUUGACAAAACCAAAGAAAAACAGAUGUUUCAUGUGCAGGAAGAAAAUUGGACUUACAGGUUUUGAUUGUCGCUGUGGAAAUCUGUUUUGUGGACUUCAUCGUUAUUCGGACAAGCACAACUGCCCUUAUGACUACAAAGCUGAGGCUGCAGCAAAAAUAAGGAAAGAAAAUCCUGUUGUUGUUGCAGAGAAGAUUCAGAGAAUAUAAAACCUAUGAUUUGUGAAGACUGACUUUUUUUUUUUUUAUUUUUGUUCUGAUUUUAAAAUAUCCUAGGGAAACAUUUAAAAGCAGAUGCAUGUCCAUUUUUUUUUCUUUCCUUUUUGAUGUUAUCCAGAGUUUUACUUUUUGUGAUGUCUCCUCUUCUGUUUUUGAGUUUUAGGAUGUUUGGGUGUUUGUUACAGAGAACUUUUGGUUGGAGAGAUACAGCCCUUUCAAGCUUGUGUACCUGAACCCAGAGAGCUUGAACAUAUUAGUACUGGCCUAUAUAUUUCAUUUCAAUGCAUAUCUUAGUAAAAGAAUGUUUAGUAUAUGUGCCAAAAACAGGCUUAAAAUCUGCAUGUCUGCAACAGAUGCUCAUUUAGUAUCUUGUAUUGGAUAACACGUUGGCAUAUGCAAUGCACCUCAUCCUGUAUUUUUGUUGUGGGAUUUUGUUUCUUCCUUUUGAACAAACUAAUUUGGAUGAAAAUGAAACUUUGCAUGGCACGAUUUGAAGAUGACUACUAUGCAAGACAAAAGAAAUUUCCUAUGGUGGUGUUACAUUGCAUAAAUUUUGUAUACCUGAUUUUCAUUGACGUUCUCAUACUUGUAUGUAUAAUAUAUUGUUUUCCAUUCUGGCUAAUGUCUUGCAACUGACAGCCUUUAAAAGGGUGUCCACAUUUUAUAUAAAAAUUAAGGUAUUAAAACAUUCAAGCUAUCUGCUAGGCUUUACCAAUACAUUUUUAAGUUAGCAUGAUAAAAGUGCAAGCCCAUUAAAUAUUGGAGGCUAACGUACACAAAGUUACCUUUUUUUUUUUUUUUGUAUUGUUUCGUGAGGCCUUACUAAUAUAAUGUAAUAUUUGUGGCUUGUUAGUUGCAAAUCCAACCUAGCGACACUCCCUUGUGAUGGAGAAUUAGGCACUUGUACAAAUAAUUGAUGUCUGAAUUUGUGAUAUUACUUGUAUCUGUGCCAACAGCUAACAUUCUCUGUCAAGCUUAGCCGUUUUAGUGACUGUCAGUCUUUGAUACCACCCUUUUGUGCCUUUUGUCAUUACAACAUACUUAAUACUCUACAAAGGUCUUCUGGUUUAUGUGCAGUAAUUGCUUAUAGGUCAUAUUGCAUUAAAGUAGUAUGAGCAAUCUCUUGCAGCAAUCAGCAGUUUCAAUUCUCAGGGGAAAGGGUUUUAUUUCUAAUUUUAUUUGUUUUAUUUUUCUUCUAAGGUAAACUAAUAUAGCUUAUUAAUGGAGGUUUUACAAUGUGAUUCACUUGCACAGUUUUGCAUGGAAAACCAUACGUUUGCUGCUGUUGAUUUCUCCCCUUUUUAAAUUAUAUGGGUUGUACUGGGAAACACGUUGAGGGCUGCUCAACUCCUCCUUUUUAAUUGUAUUUGGGUGUAGAACUGUAGUGUUCUUGGUUGUAUUGCAUGGGCUGCGUUAUCUACAGCUAUGUACUAAAACAACUCUAGAAAAGGCAGUAUACUUCACUGAUGCUUGUCUGAAGAUCACUUCUGUGUUAUAAUGGAAGGUUUCUUGUGAUUUUUUUUUUUUUUUUUUUUAAUUUUAGGUAAGAAAGUACAAUUUUUUUUUUAAUUUUUUUUUUUUAGAGUAGUGUUGUGGUAAUGCCUGUUAUCAUCUGUAAAUAGUUAACUAUGUUCACUCAGCCUCACUAAGAUUUGUGUCAUGUCCCUAGUUUAUAUUUCACUUUCCAAGCAUCAGGAUCUUUUGCUUCAAACUUUGUAUUUCUGUUCUCAGUUAUUAGAUAUGCAAAUGUGUACAGAUAGUUCAUAUUUAUGUAUUGCACAUAAUCAUGCUACUCAGCAUUUAUGCUAUAUUGUAUUAUGUAAAUAAUAAAAUUAUGUACAGAGGA